ACUUUCACCAAAACCAACGUGUGUCGGGUUUUACCUGAAGGAUUAUCCUCCGUAAUUCCGCCCUGGAGCCCGGUUCUGCUGAAACACCCCCGUUUCUGUCACAGCCAGACAGCUGCUCGUCUCUGUUUCUGUCUGGGAGCUGAGAGACAGAGAUGUCUGUGGCGGGGUUGAAGAAGCAGUUCCAUAAAGCCACUCAGAAAGUCAGUGAGAAGGUUGGAGGAGCAGAAGGAACCAAGCUUGACGAUGACUUCAAAGAAAUGGAAAAGAAGGUGGACGUCACCAGCAGAGCAGUGCUGGACAUCAUGACCAAAACUACAGAGUAUCUUCAGCCUAACCCAGCGUCCAGAGCCAAGCUGAGUAUGAUCAAUACCAUGUCAAAGAUCCGCGGGCAGGACAAGGGGCCCGGUUACCCGCAGGCCGAGACCAUCCUGGGAGACGCCAUGCUCAAGUUCGGCCGAGAGUUAGGAGACGAGUCCAGCUUUGGAAUUGCGCUGAGCGAUGCCAGCGAGGCGAUGAAGGAGCUCGGGGAGGUGAAAGAUGCUCUGGACAUGGAGGUCAAACAGAACUUCAUCGACCCGCUGCAGAACCUGCACGAUAAAGACCUGAAGGAGAUACAGCAUCAUCUGAAGAAGAUGGAGGGCCGUCGUCUGGACUUCGACUACAAGAAGAAGCGCCAGGGGAAAGUUCAGGACGACGAACUCAAGCAGGCGCUGGAGAAGUUCGACGAGAGCAAAGAGAUCGCCGAGCAGAGCAUGUUCAACCUGCUGGAGAGCGACAUCGAGCAGGUGAGCCAGCUGGCAGCGCUGGUCCAGGCUCAGUUGGAAUAUCACAGCCGUGCUGCAGAAAUCCUGCAACAACUCUCCAGCAAGAUGGAGGACAGGAUAAAGGAAGUGUCCAGUAAACCCAGGAAGGAGUUUUGUCCCAAACCCAGGAUGACCCUGGAGCUGCUGCCGCCCAGCGAGAGCCACAACGGGGGGAUUCACUCGGCCAAGUCCCCCGGACGAUCACCAGCCCCCAUGGACCAGCCGUGCUGUCGAGCUCUGUACGACUUCGAGCCGGAGAACGAGGGCGAGCUCGGCUUCAAGGAGGGCGACGUCAUCACCCUGACCAACCAGAUCGACGACAACUGGUACGAGGGCAUGAUCAACGGCCAGUCGGGGUUCUUCCCCAUCAACUACGUGGAUAUCCUGGUGCCGCUGCCCCACUAGAGUCCUCGUCCUGGACCCGGCCCUUUCCCCCCCACCAACCGAUCGAUCCAGACACCCGGAAAAAACAGCCUGCGUUUGCAUAAACAAGAAACCACGCCCUUUCUCUACUUCCUCGUCUUCUUCUGUGCUUUAGUGCGAUUCUGCUUUCACGAAAAACCAGAAUGAAAUGAGAGAUGGUGCCGGCCGACACGAGACCACGAGGAAGAGGGGGAUUACAGCGGAGAGAAGCAGAAAAGACAGACUGAAAGAGGCGGGGGAUCUUUGAUAGUGCUCAGCCUGGCAGCGCUGGACACCCAUGAGGCUUUGGAGACUUGCGAUUAAGGCAUGUUGUGUACGUAUGUGCAUGUCCGUAUGUGUUUCGACCUGUUCGUACCGUUAUGACGAAGCCAGCACAAAUUCCUGCUUGUCAGUUAACUGCCUAACAGCUUCUUUUGUAACGAUUCUUCCUCUUUUCUUACUUUUUUCUCAAAGUAACUUUCUUUUCUGCCUUGACUCCUUAUGCUUUUCUUUAAUCUGUGGUUUCACGGCUGUCCUCACCCCCCUCUCUAUUCCUGUCUGGGUUAACAUCGCCGUCCGGCUUUGAGGAGCCAAUGUAUCGAUACGUCCUAAAGUCCUGGCGCUACCGCUGGUUCCCCAGACCUCCAGUUUUCCCAGACCUCCAGUUUUGAGGGGCAUUUUGUCGUCCUUGUCGCUGCUGUUGUGACGUACUCUGCCUUUCAGAAUUUUCAGUCCUGUGGUUUUAUGCAUGAACCGGUCAAAUCAAAGAUUACAGUGAUAAAACUCCAGUGAAAUCCACAUUUCAGGAAUGCAUGGCUGCAAAAAAAGCCGUAUCUGCAAUAACUCAGUCUUUGGUCAGUCGUCGUGAAGCCCAUUUAUCUCCAGUUGGAGCUUCAACGGGCUUUCAAAAGGAUCCGGAAAGUCAUUUAAAACAUGAAGCAAGUCAAAUCAAUUAAGGCCCGGUUUCCACGGAGCAAAAACGCUGGUGUUUUCAUGCGUUUUGGCCGUUCGUUUACACGAAAACAAAGCUCAAAGUCUCCAAAAACCAUCAUUCCUGAAAACUCCAGCCAAAGUGUAGAUUUUUAAAACCUCCGUCUUCACGUUUGCUUGUAAACGGAGAGAAACGGACAUUUAGGCUUCAGAACGUCACAUUAUGAGACAGAAACGUCACCAGCGUCAUGAGUGACACCUGUGGUUACAAUUAGUUUGUAACUGUCAAUAUUUUCUUGUAUUUUACCUGUUUUAUAUUCUAACGUCACACUUAAAAGUAACUCCACUUCUCUGUCACUCCAAACCAAAGACUCUCGUUCAUCUUGGAAGUAACUGGAAGUUACUCGUGUCAUUUGUUGAUGUUUUUUUCCAGGAUUCUGAUUGGCUAGCAUGACUUUAUCUUCUCGUUACACUGCCCCCUGUAGGUUUGGCUGCUCAUAGCACCUU